AAAUGGUGUCAUCUGCUCUCUCAGGACAAAUGCUAACUGGAGAACCCUGUGGAUCUGUGUGUGUGGCUGGCAUUUUGGCCCAAAAAAAUGUUUGCCAUUGAAUAUGAAGUCCAAGCAUGUUUUAUGGGAGAGGUUUAUGAAUCUAGAGAAGAUGAAUAAUGUUCUCCUUUCUGCUGUUGUUUAGCUUUGCGGUCAGAGGCCAUUGUAUGAGUGCUAAUCGGCUGUCUGGUGGUGAAAACAGUUCCCCUUGAUCGACCCCAGAGUUCACAUGGGCCAUCGGAUUAAUUUUUUUACUUCAGCACUGUGGCUGUUUUGUUGUUGUUCAGUUUUCUGGUAUUGCAAACCACACGCAUCCUUAGUUUUAGGCAAACAAUAUAUUACUAAGGGGAGGGGUGUCCCUUUCUGUCCAAUGAGGUAGUUUAUGUGCAAGAUUUCUGUCCCCUUUGGGCAACAAUUCUCAGAAGCAACAUUUCUGUAAAGCAUCUUUAAAAACAUCACUCUUAUCUCUUGCUCACAUUUCUCUGCAGUUAAAGUUAACCUGCAUGAACAUUUGCAAGUAAACAACUUUAUUUUUUACGAUAGAAAAACAGAUUCUCCGGAUUACAAUUAGUCCAAGGAUUUGAGUCAGGGAGAAAACCCAGAUGCUGGAUAUAGGACUUAUGUAAAUAGUCAAAAGCCAUGGAAAUUCUUACAAGUGUCACAUAGGAAGGGAAGGAUUGUAUGAGCAUUAGUCAUUGACAGAAAAGAGGGAAGUUGGAAGAGAGACAAAGCCAAAGCUGCGGGUAGAACAACAAGAGAGGGCCUAUUAACUAACUUGUCGUUUUGGAGAAUGUCACUGUAUCCAGAGCUUAGCUUCAAUGUGGACCAUGGUUACUUGGAGGGGCUGGUACGAGGACUGAAGGCCGGGAUACUGACUCGGUCCGACUAUCACAACCUGGCCCAAUGUGACACAUUAGAGGACAUGAAGCUGCACCUGCAGAGUACAGACUACGGCAGCCUCCUGACCGCUGGGAACGAGGACCUGACCGUGUCUCUCAUUGACCACAGACUGAAAGAGAACAUUCUGACUGAGUUCCGCUGCCUACGCUCUCACUCCCUACCGCCCCUCUCCACCUUCCUCGACUACAUCACUUACAUGAUUGACAACGUGGUGAUGUUGAUCACUGGUGCCCUGAAGCAGAGGGACGUGGCAGAGCUUCUGCCACGGUGCCACCCACUGGGAAUGUUUGACCAAAUGGCAGCGGUUGGCAUCGCCCGCACACCUGCUGAGCUCUACAGUGCCAUCCUGGUGGACACACCUCUGGCUCUGUUCUUCCAGGAUGCUGUGUCUGAGGCCAACCUGGACGAGAUGGGGGCUGAGAUCAUAAGAAACAAACUGUACAAGGCUUAUUUGGAGGCAUUCUACAAAUUCUGUCAGGAGAGUGGAGGAGCCACAAAGAACAUCAUGUGUCCUAUCCUGGAGUUUGAGGCCGACAGGCGUGCGUUCAUCAUCACAGUGAACUCGUUCGGGACAGACCUGAGUGGGGUGGGGAGGAGCGCCCUGUACCCCUCCUGUGGGAGACUGUACCCCGAGGGGCUCCGUCUCUUGGCCAGGGCAGAGGACUACGAGCAGGUCAAAGCUGUGGCCGACUACUACCCUGACUAUAAACUCAUAUUUGAUGAACCUGAGGCAGGAUCCUCCAGAACCCUGGAGGACAGAUUCUUUGAGCGGGAGGUGAAGCUGAACACGCUGGCCUUCCUGGAGCAGUUCCAUUUGGGCGUGUUCUACUCCUACCUCAAGCUGAAGGAGCAGGAGGCUCGCAACAUCAUCUGGAUCGCAGAGUGUGUCACACAGAGACAAAAGUCUAAGAUCGACAACUACAUCCCCAUCUUCUAAAGGACGAACACACUCUCUGUUGGAGCGGUUACACACCUUUUUUUGUAGUAGUAGUAAUAUUAGCAACGGUUGUCAAAAUUGAUAACAGGUUCAACAAAUACCGUUCUGAUAAAUGUAACAGCUGCAUAAGUACUCAACCUUUUUUUUUAUAUAUAAACAAAAGGCUUCAAAUAUUGACUGUAUUAUAGCACAUGAACAAUUGUAUAAUGAGAGACAGAACAAUCUAUGGAAUCCAGACAUUUUGGUGGGACUUUAGGUGUACAGUUGCAUGUCAAAUAUAUAAAAAAUAAAAAUUCUCAAAUCCAA